AUGUACAAUCAAUACGCAUUAUUUAUCUAUGCAGUUACAUCGUCCAGACAUUGCUUAGGAUUUGAUGGUAAAUCUUACAACGUUGGCGAUGUUUGGAAACCCACACCUAACAGCCAGUGUUCGUGCACUGCAGAAUUACUAAUCCAAUGUUCCUCGAGUUUUGUCUUCACAUUGAAGCCUUUAAAACCAACCACUGUGUUCAGAGUCUGUCGAGACAACGAGCAGCGUAUUCGUAAUCCUGGAGAUGAAUGGUUAAACGAUCCAACGACAAAGUGUACCUGUUCUCGAGAUAAAUUCGUCCUAUGUGCCAUUCUAAAGGAGCCAGUUUGUAUGGACAGCAGUGGUAAAAUUAAAAAAUACCAAGAGACGUGGCUCAAGAACGACUGCAUUAAGUGCGCAUGUAUAAAUGGCAGUAUUAACUGCACCAGAUAUGAGGUCAAUGUCACCUAUGGUUUGUUUGAAGUGAAGACUUAUCCAAUAUGCGAGCUCUGUUGGCAUACCUUUGAAAAUGAUUCAUCUGAAGAUUGUAAAGGUGAAGAAAGAAACUAAUGGAAGAAGUAUCGAUCAUUAAUGGCUAAACAUUUUCUAUUAAAGCAUAUAUGCUAUUUUUCCUGUAAAUUUUUCAUUCCAUUAGGGAUGUCAUAUGAUUAACUGAAUGCUGAGUACAGUAUUACUGUAGCCAUUAAAAAUACGCUACUGUCUUUUGACUGCACAUGUAAAAAAAUGAAGCCGAACUCUGUUUCGCGGUAAAACGUGUAGAAGCUCUUCUCGAAGUCUUAGAAACAAAGAAAUUUUAAAAAUAAGUUGUAAUUUUGCAAAUAUUUUAAACAGAAUACCUACAGCGCUUAAGUAAAAUUUCAAAUGAUAUAACUAGGAGGGAUCCUUUAAUUUAUCUGAAAGGUCCCUAAUUUGAACUACGUAGAAAGCGUUAAUACCGUCCUUUAUGUUUUGACAACUCCCUUCCUUUAACAAGUCCUUAUUUCCAAUUUUUUCCUAAAGCUUUUUUGGGAACUGCCAGUCAACAAAUGCGAAGACCAGCGAUGUUUAAAUGCUUCACCGUAGAUCAUUUUAUCUGGGACAGUCACAGGUGCAACGGAAUCUUUGAAUGUCCGGACGGAUCUGACGAAACAGGCUGCGAAGAUAGUAAGACAUUCUAA